GCCUCACUCCCUCCCGUGCUCCCAUGCCUCACUCCCUCCCGUGCUCUCAUGCCUCACUCCCUCCCGUGCUCCCAUGCCUCACUCCCUCCCGUGCUCUCAUGCCUCACUCCCUCCCGUGCUCCCAUGCCUCACUCCCUCCCGUGCUCUCAUGCCUCACUCCCUCCCUGCUCUCAUGCCUCUCUUCCUCCCUGCUCUAUCGCCUCUCUUCCUCCCUGCCCUGUCGCCUCUCUUCUUCCCUACCCUAUCGUUUCUCUUCCUCCCUGCUGUCUUGCCUCUCUUCCUCCCUGCUCUCUCGACUCUCUUCCUCCCUGCUCUCUCGCCUCUCUUCCUCCCUGCUCUCUCGCCUCUCUUCCUCACCCCUGUCUCCACUACCUCCCUCCCAGCUGUCCUGCCUCACUCGCUCCACCCGUCGCGCCUCUCUCCCUCCCUGUCCCCGCGCCUUUCGAAAGGCGCCGAACAUUCCGCGCGCGCGAAGCUCGCGAGAACCGGGACAAGAGAGGGCAGCGGGAGGCGGGGAAGGGUCUCACGGCGGACACGUGGGGAGCGAAUAGCUGCGGGAAAGAGCGUGAGACGGCGUUACCGAGGGAAGGUGGGCGAUGCGCGCUGCCCACGUUCGCGCUCGGCGGUUCGCGCGGGCUGCGCGAAGCGGGGAGCAGCGGGAAACGGGUCCCGCUGCUUUAGCGUCACACAGCGUCGCGGGGGGCGGAAAACGGGAAGCGGGCAGCGGCAGGAAGCUUUGAGCAGCGGGCGCAGGAAGCGGCACUGGCGAGUGGGUGCAAUGGCGAUCUAGGGUAGCGGCGGGCAAUGGGGAGCGGGGUGCUGCGAGAAGCGAGAUGGAUGGGACGGCGGGAAGCUGGGCCCCCGGAGCUAGAAGUCUAGACCGACGAGCGGGAAACAGGCGAGCUCGAAGCGGGAAGCAGUGUUCAGCGGGAAGCAGAGGUAAUCGGGGAGAGGGAGCGGAGAGCGGGCAGCCGCUUGGUGCGUCGCGAAGCUCGGGCUUGGGGUCGCGUUCUUGGUAGCGGUGUUUUUUUAGCCUAGGCAGCACGUGCGGGAAGCAGCCAGAAGCGGGUAGCUGCGGCUAGCUUGAAGCGGGAGGGGUGACGUGGAAAGAGGGGAGGGCUACAGCGGGGCAUGAGUAUGGAGGCUUGUGACGGAAUAAGCCGCAUAUGCUUGAGAUAUGGACUGCUAGGGAACGAUGUCUACGGUAGCUAUGGCGUUGUAAACAAAAUGGUGUUCCCAAUUUACAAGCCCUCUGUUGUCAACAUUUUCCCUUAGCCAUUGUUCCUAUGGAGUUUGCGC